CAUCAUGGACGAAAAGAAAAAGACGCAUCGAAAGCAGCAGAGCAGCGGCAAUUUUUACUUUGUCACCAAACUUCCUGGUCUUUCGGAGUCGGUUCGUGAUGCCGGAGACGAUGUGGCGGUGAUUGAAACAAAGCGAUCCGGAGCUAGCGAAGCGGAGUACGAACCCAAACCGGUCAACAGAAACCUGGUGAGUUUGAUCAAAACAGAAUGGAUCCCAAGCGUAUUCAACCGAAUAGAGUCAAAUGGAAAACAGAAGACAGGAUGGAACUAGUGAAAAAGCGUUGUAAUAGCAACUGAUCGGCSUCGUCGACGAAUGGAUCGAUGCGUUGUCAUGCCCACAAUUGACGCCAGCCCAAUCCCAACAAGUAGUGUAUCCUCAAUCAAUCGUUCUUUUUGUUGGUKGCAGGUCAAAGGAGUUUCGCUCAUGAAAGAGAGCGAACGGAUUGUUUCGAGCGCCCCUAGAAUGAAUCCUCUCUCYCGAACUCUCUUCGCCGUGUUUGGUGGAAGCAAGCCGCAAUCAUUCGACAAAGAGGGCGCCAAGAAGGUAGAUCCCAAGGUCUAUUUUUCCAACGAACGUACCUUUCUCAAAUGGAUGAAUGUGUCUGUGUGGGUGGCGGGAAUCAGCAUAGGGCUCUCGUCGAUUGUUGGCAGCUCGGUGAAGUACAACGCAUGGCAGUCCUGGUUGAGUCUACUGUUUUUGGCGCUUGCAAUUGUUGUUUCCUGCUAUUCCAUGUUCCAGUGUAAGUGCAUAAUGGCGAGGGAAUCCUGACAAUGGAUGUACUUUGACCUGGCUUGCUUGAAUCCUGCUGACGAAUUUGUAAAAAUCGCUUGUCUUCCUUUCUUAAUAAUURAUACGACAAAUUCAUACCUACCGCAUGGAAUAGAUGCCAAACGCUCUCUCAUGAUCGUAAAACGAUCACCGGGGCCGUUCGAUGACAGAUCAGGCCCGAUUGUCAUUGGCUCGUUGUUUAUUUUGUCGUUUACGGCUCAAUACUGCAUCUUCAUCGCAUCAUUGAGCACUGAGAAAUGAUCGGUGCGACGAUGGGGAUAGCGUACUAAGCAUUAUAGCAAAAACAACCGAAUUAGGCAGCCGUGAGAAUGGAAAACGCAUCGCGUUAUUCUUGCUGGAUUCUAURUAUGUUGCGACGAUAUAGAUUWYGAGCUUSGUGACGAUAUYUUCACCGAUARAUGAACUGAAGGGAAAGCUUGGAUAAAAUACUACGUCUUGCAACAAAAUCGAAAAGUCGAUAGAAUACCAGGGAUUGAAAUCGCAGAGCUAAAGGAUCCCAAGGUGUAACGGAGCCGAUAGAUUCGAAGGGCUUCGWCCACAAUUUUGUYACCCUCGCCAUAGUGGUGUAAACACCUUUCGGCGGGAGURUGGAAUUAAAAAAUAUAAUUUGCA